UGACUCAUUCCACAAUCAUCAAACGGCAGAAAGAAAGCCACAGCUCCCCACAGCCAAAUGUCAUAUGUGAUGAUACAGCCGUUUUACUGUGAGGGGAUACUGCAAGUUCUGAAGGUGCCUUCCUCUCCAGAAGGGUCAGCUGCAGGGGUAGGAGCAGGGAAAAGAGCGAGCGGAGGCGGCGGAGGUAGGAUCUCCGAGGCGACGUCAUGAAGGACCACUCUCCAAGCCGCUGGCUGGGGUGGACCAGAGCAACAGAGAGCCAGGACUGCUGGAGAGGAAGUGCUCCGCGCCCCCGGCUACCGGCGCCACCCGCGCUCAGGCGGUUCCAGCUGUCCCGCGGACGCCACGCGCUGCUGCUGUCCCCAGCCGUCACCCAAGGCCUAAACACAGGCUCUCGGAACGUCGCGGCUUUCCUAAGAGGCAGAAGUCAGAAUAUUUAAAACAAUGACCACACCAAACAAAACACCUCCUGGUGCAGAUCCUAAGCAGCUGGAAAGGACUGGAACAGUAAGGGAAAUUGGGUCACAAGCUGUUUGGUCACUCUCAUCUUGCAAACCAGGAUUUGGAGUGGAUCAGUUACGAGAUGACAAUCUAGAAACAUACUGGCAAUCAGAUGGGUCCCAGCCUCAUUUAGUGAACAUCCAGUUCAGAAGAAAAACAACAGUGAAGACAUUAUGUAUAUAUGCAGACUACAAAUCUGAUGAAAGCUACACUCCAAGCAAAAUCUCAGUCAGAGUAGGAAAUAAUUUUCACAAUCUUCAAGAAAUUCGGCAACUUGAAUUGGUGGAACCAAGUGGCUGGAUUCAUGUUCCUUUAACUGAUAAUCAUAAGAAGCCAACUCGAACAUUCAUGAUACAGAUUGCUGUUCUAGCCAAUCACCAGAAUGGAAGAGAUACCCACAUGAGACAAAUUAAAAUAUACACACCAGUGGAAGAGAGCUCUAUUGGUAAAUUUCCCAGAUGUACAACUAUCGAUUUCAUGAUGUAUCGUUCAAUAAGGUGACUUUAAAGUGGAGCAAAAGUGACGAAUCCUUUGUUUUGUUCUGUUAUUACAUUUUAUGUUGGAGAUCUUUAUUGAAAAAUGCUUCAGUUAUUUUGCAAUUUUGUAUACAUUUAAAAGUAUUUUAAUUUUUGAUAAAUAAAUUUUGGAUCUUAUUGUCUCAGUUUUCUUUAACAUACAAUUAAGCUCACAGAUUUUACUUCACUAAAAAA